AUGCUGCCGCACGCCUCGCCGCUGCGCCUGCUCUGCACCCUGCUCGCCGCCGCGUCGGCCGCCCGCGCCCUCAAGUUCGAGCUCACAGCCCACGCCGGCGUCGAGGACCACCGCAAGGAGCGCUGCAUCCGCAACUUUGUCGGCGCCGACACGCUCGUCGUCGUGACGGCCAAGGUGGACGGCGCCAAGGGCGACGGCAUGGCGGUCAACAUGCACGUCCGCGACGCGCUGGGCAACGAGUACGGCCGCCCCCGGGACAUUGUAGGCGAGUCCCGCGUGACGUUCCAGUCGCACGGGGACGCCGCCUUUGACGUCUGCUUCGAGAACCUGCUCUCGGGAGCGCGCCGGCCCAACCCUGCGUCGCGCCACGUCGAGCUCGACAUUGACGUCGGCGCCGACGCCAAGGACUGGAGCGCCAUCCAGGCCACGGAGAAGCUGAAGCCGGUCGAGGCGGACCUGCGCCGCGUGGCCGAGAUGACGGAGGAGAUUGUGCUCGAGAUGGACUACCUCCGCCUGCGGGAGCAGAAGCUGCGCGACACCAACGAGAGCACCAACGCGCGCGUCAAGUGGUUCGGCAUCACGACCACGUGGAUCCUGAUUGGGCUGUGGGUGUGGCAGGUCAUGUAUCUGCGCGCGUACUUUCGCUCCAAGCACCUCAUCUAG